CCGACUUUUUAACCUGAAUAUUUUGUAUGUUUAGUAAAUAAUUUUAAAAAUUUUACAUUUUAAAUAAUUUAUAUAAAAUGAUAUAUAUUUUAAGAAAAAUUAGAGUUAACUCUUUGAUAAGAGGGUGUAGGAGAUACGGAAUAGGAAAAGAUCUGAAAGAACUGAAGAAGAAAAAUGUACCCAAGGAAAAAGCACUUGCUUAUUUUGAUGAUUUCUAUCAGACAAUUUACGGGGCAAUGUGGCCAGCUAUAAGAGAAGCUAUGCUUUGUGAACGACAUAAAUAUGUGGCAGUUGUUAAUAAUUUUUCCGAGACAGAAAAAAUUGUUGAGAAGCUUCAGUUACUGGGAGCUAUGAAUGUCAGAGAUUUGUACCGAGUCCACAGAGAAAAUUAUGAGGAACGUAAACAAAGAAGAAUUGAAGAAGGUCUGCCAGAAAAGCCCGCCAAGUCUGUGGAACCAAAAGAUCAGUCGAAGAUUGCUGAUAAAUUGAAAGCGAAAGCUGAAGAAGAGUUGCAAACAUUACUUCCUCCUGAAUAUGAAAACGCGGAGCAAUUUAUGGACAAGAAAAAAAGUAAAGAUCGAGUCCAAGACGAAGAUUAUGAAGAAGAAGUCAUGAAAGUCAAAAAAUUGCUGGACCCGAUGCAGAUGCGACCUUUGGAGGAGGAUUUAAAGUCACCUAAAGUUGAUGAAAAUCGUAUUGUCAAGCCGUCUGUUGGUUUGACUUCGACGGCUCUCCAUGAGUUUAUACCUGCGACGGAGCUCAAAGGUCUUGAUGACUACAUUCUUGAGUCCGACCAAUAUCAGUACUACAAAGACGGUUCUGACUUUGAAAUAAAGGUUGAGAAAGAGACGACACUAAAUUUUCCGGAGCACUUGAAGAUUUUUACCUUCGAAGAGGGGAAUAAUUCACGGUUCCCUACACCUAGACGUGGACCGAACGGCAACUUUGAUUAUUAUUUAAUGGACGGUGGUUCAAUUCUUCCUGUACUAGCGUUGGAUCUCAAACCAGGUGAUACGAUGCUCGAUAUGUGCGCGGCUCCUGGUGGAAAAUCUCUCGUAGCGCUCCAGACUUUAUAUCCACGAGUGUUAGUUUGUAAUGACGUUAAACUUAGCCGACUUAAUGACCUUGAUGGUGUCAUGCAUGAAUAUCUAGGUGAUCUUGAUCACUGGGAUGGAAGAUUGUUUUUAACUAAUCAGGAUGCUAGAGCUAUUGAAGACAAAGAUAUUUAUAACAAGAUUUUAGUUGACGUUCCUUGUACUACUGACCGGCUAAAUCUUCAUACAGAAGAAAAUAAUUUAUUUAAAGGGUCAAGAGUAAAAGAGCGCCUGCAGUUACCGGAAAUACAGACUGAAAUUUUAUUACAAGCGCUGAAAAUUAUUGCACCCGGAGGUACUGUAGUUUACUCAACAUGUUCAUUAAGUCCAAUACAAAAUGACGGAGUCGUCCAGAUGGCUUUGAAAAGAUGCUAUGAAGAAACUCAGACCACGAUGGUCGUAAAAGACAUGUAUGAAGCGCUCGGGCCCCUUCGCUGUAUUUACCGAUUCGGAAAUGACUUCGGAUUCAAGUAUGGAAAUAUUGUCGUGCCAGUUCGCAAACACAAUUGGGGUCCUCUUUAUUUUUGUAAAAUAGUCAGAGUUAAUUAGUAUGUACAUUAGACAAUAAAUUUUUAUUUCAUUAUUUACAUAAA